GGGCGCUUCGUAAUACUUUUGGUUUUUGAUUUGGAAACUGAACAGAGAAAGAGAACUGUCAUACAGUUUCAGCUGUUUUGCUCUUUAAAUACAUUUAAAAAACUAAUACGGAACGAGAAAAUAGGUGUUGAUAAUCGACCACCUGCUGAAGGGAAUACAAUGCAAACUAAGGGACUGAUAUUGAAAGAACAGGAAAGCAUUGGGAAAGGAAGUGAGUUACUGACAAUCAUUGAUGAUGCCGAACCAACUGAACAGUUCAUCCCUUCGGAUCAAGAAGAAACAGUUGAAGGAAAUGAUGAUUUUCCAGUCGAAUCGAUAUCUACAGCUGUCAACUCUUCAAUAAUAGAAGAAUCAGAACAAGUGACUAUUUUAACAGAAAUAAAGGAAUUACUUCAAACAAAUUUCUUAGAAAUUAAAGAGCAGUUAGAUGCUAUCCAGCAACAAUUUAAAUUACUGAAUGCCAAAAUCACCUCUAUUGAAAGCAAGCUCGAAGGGCAAAUUAGAGAAUUUGACGAGAAAUUUAACGAAGAACAGAUUAAGAGAGAACAGAUUUCGUUUAAAAUCGAUAUGAUGAAUAACAAAAUACAAAAGAGAAAUUUAAUUAUUUUUACGGACAUUUUUAUACAACCUGAUGAGAGAGAGAGCUUUGUUAGGAAACUAUUUAACGAAGAGUUAGAAAUAAAAGAUUUUGUCAUGGAAGAAAUUAAUGAUAUAGUGCCUCUCGAGAGCAAUAAUUUUAAUAAUCUGAAACUGAUUUUACGUUCCACUCAAAGGAAGAAGGAAUUAUUAGGGGCAUUUUGGAAAAAGAAAAAAGUUUCUGAAUUUAUCAAGACAAAUAGGAUAUUGCUGAUUUCAGAUCUGUGCUAUAAUUCACGAAAAAGAAGGAAAAAAUUGAUCCCGCUAAUAAAUGAUAUUAGACAGCAAGGAAAGAAGGUAUAUCUUAGAGAUGAUGUUAUUUUGAUUGAUGGAAAACCUUAUACUUACUCUUUUGCCAGAAAUGAUAUUAUAGCAGUUGAAAAUUUUUAGUACAAAUAUAAUUUGUCUGUUUGUUAUAGUUGUAUCUUUGAUUAAUAUAGGAAUAACUUAUAUUCUAAAGAAAAAUUAAUUGCAGUGCAUACUAUACUCUUGACAUACCGAAUAUACUCUCUUGACAGAUUAACAAUAAUGCAUCUACUGUAUAAGCAGAUGUAGAUAAUAUAUUUGACAAUAAUAGAAUUGCUGGGAUUUUAAAAUGUACAUUUUUCAAUUCUAUGAAAAUUACAUGUUAGUAACUUUGUCACAAAUGCCAUCAAAAUAUGAAUUUAAAAUUUAAUUGUAAAAUAAUGGAAUGAAAUUAUUGUAAAAGCAUAUAAUUAGACAUUGUAUCUAAAUGCUUCAAGUUAUUGACAUUCAUAUUUAAGAACAUGAAUGAAACCCCAGUUAAAUUGAUAUUUUGUUUAAUGAAUAUACGUAAUAACCAAUUUUACAUCAUAAUUUCUAAAUGUUUACUCAUCUAGUUCACAUUGUUGAAACUUUUCAUACAUAUUCAUGGUUGGUAUUAUUAUUAUUAUUAUUAUUAUUAUUAUUAUUAUGACUUAAUGUUAUGAAAAAUAGUGAUUUAGAUCCUAAAUGUUGAAAAUGUGUUUGUAUGUAAUGUGUUAAUUGUCAUCUUUUUGGAAGUUAAAUUUUGCUUAAUGACAAGUUUUGCUAAAACGAUAUUCCUGGUAUCGGUGAUGUAUUAAAGACGGGUAAAGUUAGAAAAGAAAUAAGCAACAACUGACGACAUCCAUUAUUUUUAUGCAAGAUAAUAUAAUGCUAGUAAUUCCUUAUAGUAAUUUCAUUUACAUGAUUAAUUUAUGAAAGAUGUUUCCUUCAUAGAAUAGCAUUUCAUUGCUUAAUGUUUAAUAUUUAAUUAAUCAUAAUUUUUUAAUGAAAUUCCUAUCAUAAAUUACAUCAACUACUUAAAAUGUGUAUUUUACUCUAUAAUUAUUGUGGAAUUAACUGAAAAUGAAUGUUAUAGAUUAAAAGAUGAGUUUGAAAAUAUUUCUCUUCAGUCUUUGGAAAGAAAAAUAUGUUAAUAUUUUUUGGAUUAAUAACAUUUGAAGAUGAGAUAAAAACAAUUUUCGGCAGUCCAUUUUUCUUAUGAAAUUGAAAUAAUUCUGCUUGAUAUUAGUAUGGACUUUAUUUGAGAUGUGAUCAUCAUUAGACUGAAAAGUACUGUUUGUUUGUCAUGUUCUAUAUGUUAAAACACAAUUAACUGAAAAUUACUAUAACUUUAAUGACUUAUAAUACAAUAUUGUUUUUAAUUUGCAAAUGACUUGGAUUUCAGAAAGAAGAAAAUAUAAUAAAACUCUCUAUAAACUGUUUUAAAGAUAAAUCCACAUAAUUUUAAGUGAAGACAAUUAUGCCAUUAAAGUUAUAUAAAUAAUGUCUUUAAAACUUGUUUACAACAUAAAUAUGAGAUUAAAAGUAUAUAUGAACAUCUUUUUUUAACAAUAUUUCAUUAGGCAAAACAUUUACUGUGUGAAUAGUUUUCUUUUGUUCAUUUAUAAUUUAUGUGAAAAUAACAUCGAUGCAAAUUGUAUAGAAAUAAUUAUUUAAAAAAUUUUUGAAAUUAUUUUGAAACCAAUAAACUUAAGAAACUAAACCUUUAAUGUUCAGCUUGUAAAUUUGCACAUGAACAAACAUUUAGGGCUAAUUACAUUUAACAAAACAUCUGCUUAUUAUAUGCUGAACAUUACAGAUUUAGUUUUUGAGUUAAAUUAACUGCAGUUAAUGCUUACAUUAGUUAAAACAGAUUUAACUACAUCAACUCAGGAACAACUUCAGAUUUUAUUGCAGUAAAAGCAAACUUGAUUUUAUUGGUGUUAAAUUUGAUGAUAUUGUUAAAAAUAUUUAAAAUUUUAAUUAUUGAUGAAUAACACCUAUAUUAUUGAUUUUUACAGUAAUUAGUGAGAUUUAAAGUUAGUACUUGUACUAAGAUUUAAAUAU